GUGUUUUUCCUCUCAUUUCUUUUCAAGAUUCUUUGAAAGCUGCUCACUAACCUCCCACAUCUGUCGUUUCGUGUUUGAUUUAAACGUGCUCUCCCUCCCUUCGCACAAUUUUUCCUUUUCCACUCCUUCUUCGUGUAAACGUCAGUGACACGAACUGAAGCAUGAUUGUGCUUGCCUUGGAAAGCUGAAAGAAGAACGUGCAACAAAUGUCUUCUUCUGCGGACAACGAAGUGAAACGCACCGCGGAAGGAAUUGCCACGGCGCUAUGGUCUCCUGAGGAGCUCUACAACCUGGAUACCCAGGUCGAUGUGUUGCAGCCCGCACUAAAGUCGUUAGCUGUGGAUAGCGGGCGCUUCUACGCGUAUCGGUUGUCGCUGCUGCUCGCCCCUUUUGAGGUGCUGGAGGAGCUCUGGGCUCCUAACACGAUGGAGAAGACGCGCCUGAAAGACGACGGGACGGUCAAUAUCCGCUGCGAAGAAACAAGGGUGGAGGGCAGAACAGAUGGAAGUAACAGGGGCACAAUUGCGGAGCAGUGCAAAGGCGGCAGCUUAUUCCGCGUCUUCACCACUGUCGCCCAUCGUGUCUUCGUCGUGGACAGGUCUGCGACGCACGUUCAAACGUUGGUGGCCGCAUUGCGGUACUCUUUUCCGCAACUCCUCGUGCCGAUCGAAAGUGAGCCGAGCGAGCCCAUGUGCACACUCCUUUUUGAGUUUGUGACACAGCACUGGUCUGCGCUGUCCGCGUACUUGCCGUUGCUGUACUUUCUGUUUGAGGUUCAAGAACGGGCCUUCGGAUCCUUUUACAAACAGCUGGCCUCCUUGGUCCAGACGCGCAAGGGAAAUGAUACGGCCGCUUCAGACGCGCUGAGGCCCAAAAAGGGUGGGAAGAUCUUUUCCUGGUUUUCGUCGAAGCCGAAGGAGGCUGAACUUGGGGUGAACGACAAGCUAGAGUUGGUCAACGUCCAUAAAGCGACACUUCCUCUCCGUUUCGAAAAGCGCUUCAUGGUUGCACUCGCAAAGCAAGAGCAGAUGCACAAAAUGCAGCUUUUCUGCCGAGACUUCGUCGCGUCUUUGCAGGAUGAGGCGUCCACGUAUCAAAGCGUUGCGGAGUGUUUCACGACCUCACCGAUGGCCUCGGAAGCCGUUUCGGGGUGGUACAACCAGGACUUACUGGAGAAAGCCACAAAAGACAACACCGAAUUGAGGCUCAUGAACACUUCGGUGCAGCGCUUUGCGUUUCGUAAGAGCUCCCUCACCAACGAGCUCCUGUUGCCGUUGCUGCAAGAGAUCGCCCAGGUGGAGGGCGAGAUUGGGAUCCUAGCGUCGUCGCACGUCGCUUACUAUGAGGAGGUGCUGAUGCGCACCAAGACGGUCACCGAGAACACGGAGCUCAUGUCGGGUAAAGUUCCACUGCCGCAGAGCUGUGAGGCUUCUACGCGGCCCGAGAGCAUGGCAAAUGCCAGAGAGGUCAACCGACGGCAAACGCAGGAGCUUGCUCAGUGUCGCGCCAGUUUCGACGGCGAAGUGACUGCGGUAGAGAGCGCUAUGAAGGCGAGGGUGAAGAAACUGUGCGUCCUUGUUGCCGGCAUGCUAAAGGCGCUGGCCGCCUGCACAGAAGCUGGGCACUUCGACGAUUACCUGCGCGGUCUCGUGCCGCCGCCAUCGGGGGAACUGCCUUUGCAAGGCGGCAGACACCCUCUAAAGGCCUGCUUGGGCAUUGAGGACGGCGAGAAGGAAUCGGCAUUUGCUGUUGAUCGAGCAGGGCCGUAA